AUGGCAGCAGCAAAGCUUUGCUGUACUGCGCCUCUGCGAUCACAGUCACCUGAUGAUAUACCCUCAAGGCCUGUCAGACACUUCAAGUCUUUGGCCAACAUCAAGACACAUUUUGCUCAUAACAAGCAUGCCCCAGCUACCACAGACCACACAGAGAGCCACUCGCUCUACCCAGCAGACGAUCUUGAGCUUCGGCAUAUCUUUGUUGCUGCCUCCUUGCCGGAGGACCACCCUCACGCUCUCAGGAUCGCCCAUCGCAAGCCUGAGGUCGACGAAAGUAUUGUUCAUUCACCAAGCUUCACCAACAAGCUGCGUAGACAGUUAAGUCGCAAGAGUCUAGUAACGGACAAGCCUCACAAGGAGACAACAAGUAAAUCGACCGUCAAGCCAUUCGCAUAUUCAAGAAAGAGGUUGGGACAUGACCUUCCAGACCUCGCUGGUGAUUAUGAUGAUGAUGCUCGGUCGUUGUGCUUAACCGAAUCUCGGCUUGCUUCUCUCAAGAACGACAACUGUGUGACGACAGAUGCCAAAUCAGUCCAGCACAUCCGAUCCCCUGAAUCUGUUAAUCACUAUGCCAUUGUAUCAGAUGAGCCACGCCGGUCAAUCAGUGUACCUCUGGCAUCCUAUCCGGCAGAUUCUGCAUCGCAGCCAAGACGUUCAAUUUCCUUUUCCAACAUGCAGCAGGAUUUCAAAGGUGCUCUCACCGUUCAUCUACCUGGUCCUACGUUCAUGGAUGCGGACGAUAUAUGGCCAUUGUCUCCCGCGGCUGCAAAAACAGGCCCUACGGAAUUCUUCAAGACACCCAACUCUGUUGGUUCGCAAAUGCCCAAUUCUCGACUGUCGUCUCAGGAGUCCAGUCGACCACAGCUGAUAAGGGCCAAAUCAAGAAGCCCUGAUAAGCACAAAAUCUUGCCAAAAGACUCGACGAACUCGCUGCACUUGUAUGACAUGCAAAUCUCGCAGCAUUUACGUACACGAUCACAGGUUUCAGAAGCGUCAAGCGCAAAUGAGUCUGACAAGCAGAACCGCCAUACACACGCAAGCCUCAACAGCAUCGUGCUCUCCUCCAUGGAACUUGGACGCUGUAAGAGUAUCUCCAGCUCUGGCUUUGGAGGCUCGGCUGGACCUUCUACCUGGGAGAAGGUUUUNGAGGAUGAAUCAUCCUCUAUCUACAGUCGCAGACCAAGCAUGGCUUUAAAGAGCCCGCUCAAAGCGCCCAUGGAACAUUCGUCUGAUCUCUCUGGGAAGACUAUUCGGGGAGACGCGAUGGCUACCGACAUAUCUGAACUCACCAACCAGGGCAAGGAGAACGCCACUCGUCAAGCAGAAAGAGUCAUAUCAGCGUCUACUGGCAUCAGCUUGGUGGCAAGUGGUUUAGCUUCUCAUUCCGAUCUCAAAGAUUCUGCAUCUGUGAGUGGCUCUGCAUGCGUCAGCAGCUGGGUCGAUUGUAACACGACGUGUUCCCUUCCAAAGAGUGACAGUUCGGGAAGCCUUGGGAAGCUUAGCAAAUUCAGAGAAGAUCUCAAUGAUUCCUCUACUGUUCCAAAGUCUGGAAAGAAGCGUCGCUCGGUCUUGCGCAUACUGUUUCCCAAACUCGCACGGUCCAAACUUCGAAGCACCAGCACGCCGUUGCUCGGUGAUAGGACCCAAUCUUCUCUCAAUCAGUCAUACGAUGGAACUGGGGACUCACAAGAUUUACUGUCCGUGCCACAAUCUUUUCUCAAACCACAGAGCAGUGAGCGCUCAGUCAGUUUCGUUGACAGAGCGGUGACAAGACCUGCGAGUGCCCUCUCAGCCGGUUCUUUGGCUGCUACUCCUUCUUUGCAGUCACGGCAAUCCUUGGUAAACUACGAAAGAAGUCUUUCGGUUGUGGGUAACAACCGCCGCCGCAAAUCGACUUUGGGUGGACCAAAGAUCCAAGCACAUGGGAGCGAAGAUCACAAUGAUUGUCCAGAACGAAUUAUACGACGUGCCAGUCCCCUUCUCAGCCCUGGCAGAAAAGGAACGGAAGAAACUCUGAUGGAAAGAGCACUGCUACAACAUCAGGCAGAGAAAGCAGCCCUUCUCCGUCCAAGCAGCCAGAGGAAUGAGACCGUACCGUCCCCAAUGUACGCACCUGUUUUCACAAACUCUUUCGGCUUCCAAUCUACCAGCGAAACAAGAUUGGCAGCAGCGACGCUCGAGGAUGUAGAUCCAUUAGAAUCCGAGGAGCCUCUAACUGCUCGUGAAAGUCAGAGUAUGCAAGAUCUUGGAUCAUCCAAAGAUACUGCCGCCGAUGCUUCCUCGUUCCGCAAGAAGAAGCGCAGCACUAUCUGGACCACGAACACAACUGAUACCAAAGGUACCAAAUCACACCUUCACACAAUGACUCCUCCGCACUCCUGGAGCCGUUAUUCAUCUCAUACACGAGAAAAACGCUGUAGCUCAGCUGGGCGUCACGAUGGUAUAAUCAGUCGAGAUUUUGCUCGUGUCCAAAGUCCACGCAACGUACAUCAAACGGUCUCCUUGGAGGAGAUGGCGACCUCGCCCAAAAGCUGGCCGCGUCUAGUUAAUGCCAAAAGAAGAAACUGGAUUGUCAAGUCGCGGUCGAUGACAUUCGGUACAGUCUUUCGCUACUAUUCUAACCUUCUUACUUCUUCAGCAGCCCGUAAUCGCCGGUCUUCCACGGCCACAGGUGGUAGACUGGAGCAUCCAGAGCUUGAGGUUCUGCCUCCAAUGCUACCGACACACCCAACCUCCUCACAGCACCUAGGAGCCAAGAACCAAUUUUCUCGUCUCGUGGAUCACAUUGAAGAAGAAGGCCAUCACAUCAGAGAGGAGGGGCUCGACUUCAUCCAUCGCCAUCGCCAAGAGUCAACAUCAAGUGUAGACAAGUCUCCAUCUGGACACGUUCCACUCGUCUCUUGUAUGCAUGGCGGAUCUCAGAUUAUGCGUAAUGAGGAAGCAGGUGAAUCGGAACUUAGAAAUGACUCCAAGGACAAGUCCAUUCUACCCGGUUCAGUAGACGGAAACACCGAGGGCAGGCCUGCAGAGCCAGAUCGAGCACUGAGUGCAAGAAGGUUGUCUCGCAUGUAUCAAGCUUAUGUGCAGCUUCCGGCAUCCUUGGACAACACUGAAGUCGAGCAAAGCGGUGCUACAGACGAUGUCGUUCAAAUACCAGAUAGGCCUACAACUGUUGAGUCGGCUGAGGUCGAUACGAAGACGCCUACCACCGGAUUUUUGGCCGUUGCAUCUGGCAAACAAGCGGUCUCAUCCAGUCCAGUCACUCGUCACUUNCCCUCGGUCACUGUAAUUGAUGACCGUAAAGGACAUUGGCGUAGUGUCAGUUUGUUGUCGGUGGAUUCUGGAAAGAGUGUUCGUAAGAGCACUAGAGAUCUGCUGGAGGUCGUAAGGGCAACCCAAACACAGGAGCUUGAGAAGUUGUUGGGCACAUCUGAGUUAUCGAUGAUGGAUGCGAACACCCUCUGA